AAACCUUCCUGUGCCGGCCUCAGGCUGCCUGCCUGCCUGCCUGGCCUGUGCACAUCCUUCCUCUCUCCCAGCCUCUGCCUGCCACCUGGGCUGCCUGCCCUGGGCCUCAGCCUGCGUCCUCCUCCAUCAGUGGGGCUGGCGAGAGCCUAGGCUGGAAAUCGUGGCCCACCCUUCCAUCACUGGGCAGGGCUCCUUCCUCAUUUCGCUGCUGAUUCUAGCCCCAAACAAAACAGGUUGAGCCUUUUUCCUCCUCCGGCAGUUGCCUCUGGCUUGUGGCUGCCUUCUGAGCGUUUCAGACGGCGCCGGCUGGGAGUGGGAGGGAGGGCCUGGGCUAGCCGCGCUGGGACUGGGACGUGCUCCUGGCUCCUGGCCCAUGUUCAGCCCUGCUUGAAGCAGGAGUGCUAGCAUUUGACACAACAGACGCCCUUGGAGGAUGAUGGCCCAGCUGCAGUUCCGAGAUGCCUUCUGGUGCAGGGACUUCACGGCCCACACAGGGUAUGAGGUGCUACUGCAGAGGCUGCUGGACGGCAGGAAGAUGUGCAAGGAUGUGGAGGAGCUGCUCAGACAGAGGGCCCAGGCGGAGGAGAGGUACGGGAAGGAGCUGGUGCAGAUUGCACGCAAGGCUGGUGGCCAGACAGAGAUGAAGGCCUGGAUCUCCAGGGGUCCUCUCAGGUUGCCACUCCUCCUUGGCCUCAAUGUCCCCAACUGUUCAGAGAGAAGAGGAAGCCCCCAUGGAACAUAUUCAUCCUACCCCGGAAGGAAGCACAGGCAGUUCCCUGAGGACCUCCUUUGACUCCCUGAAGCAGCAAACAGAGAAUGUGGGCAGUGCACACAUCCAGCUGGCCCUGGCCCUGCGUGAGGAGCUGCGGAGCCUGGAGGAGUUCCGAGAGAGACAGAAAGAGCAGCGGAAGAAGUAUGAGGCCAUCAUGGACCGUGUCCAGAAGAGCAAGUUGUCGCUCUACAAGAAGACCAUGGAGUCCAAGAAGGCAUAUGACCAGAAGUGCAGGGAUGCAGAUGAUGCUGAGCAGGCCUUCGAGCGUGUGAGUGCCAAUGGCCACCAGAAGCAAGUAGAAAAGAGCCAGAACAAAGCCAAGCAGUGCAAGGAGUCAGCCACAGAGGCAGAAAGAGUGUACAGGCAAAAUAUCGAACAACUGGAGAGAGCGAGGACCGAGUGGGAGCAGGAGCACCGGACUACCUGUGAGGCCUUCCAGUUGCAGGAGUUUGACCGGCUCACCAUCCUCCGCAAUGCCCUGUGGGUGCACUGUAACCAGCUCUCCAUGCAGUGUGUCAAGGAUGAUGAGCUCUAUGAGGAAGUGCGGCUGACCCUUGAGGGCUGUGAUGUGGAAGGUGACAUCAAUGGCUUCAUCCAGUCCAAGAGCACUGGCAGAGAGCCCCCAGCUCCGGUGCCUUAUCAGAACUACUAUGACAGGGAGGUGACCCCACUGAUUGGCAGCCCUAGCGUCCAGCCCUCCUGUGGUGUGAUAAAGAGGUUCUCUGGGCUGCUACAUGGAAGUCCCAAGACCACACCUUCUGCUCCUGCUGCUUCCACAGAGACUCUGACUCCCACCCCUGAGCGGAAUGAGUUGGUCUACGCAUCCAUCGAAGUGCAGGCGACCCAGGGAAACCUUAACUCAUCAGCCCAGGACUACCGGGCACUCUACGACUACACCGCACAGAAUUCUGAUGAGCUGGACAUUUCCGCGGGAGACAUCCUGGCGGUCAUCCUGGAAGGGGAGGAUGGCUGGUGGACUGUGGAGCGGAACGGACAACGUGGCUUUGUCCCUGGGUCGUACUUGGAGAAGCUCUGAGGAAAGGCUAGCAGUCUCCACAUACCUCCGCCCUGACUGUGAGGUCAGGACUGUUUCUUUCCAUCACCGCCCAGGCCUCACGGGGCCAGAACCAAGCCCGGUGGUGCUGGGAAUGGGCUGGGUGCUGGCUACUCUCAAUAAAUGUCUCCCAGAAGGAGUAAAGCGG